GAGAAUCUCUUCAGGAUCCGGAGCGGAGAGGAGGCGGCUGGAGGCCGGAGCGGGGCCUGCGGAGGAGACGAGGCCGAGGAGGAGGCCGAGGAGGAGGAAGGCCAGGCCUCGCCGCCUGAGAGGAGCCCGCUCCCGCUCGCAUUCCUCCGGCGGGAAGGAGGAGGCGACGCCGCACAACUCCGGAGAAGGCGGAACAAAGUCUCCUCCUCAGGCCCGACGUCGAGGGAGAAGCACCGGACGGGCCUGAGGGGGACUUCGGCCCAGGAGGAGGAGGAGGAGAGCGGGGCCCAGGCCGGGGGCUCCGCUGAGGAGGAGCAGGGCGCACUUGAAGGCCUGGAAAAGAGAGACAGAGAGACGGGACCUCAAAGAGGAGGCACACAGCCAGCCAUAUAUAUAUAUAUAUCCAUCGAGUGUGGCUUCUUUGCACCCCUUUUUCGUCAGGACCAGAGGAGAAGGAAAGGCAAUACAAGCAAGGCUCGUGGAGAUACAAACCUACACACAUAAACAAUACAUACAUACAGAUACAAACAUGAACACAGCCAUCCAUCAAGGGCUGCUUUGACUUUUCUUCGCACCCUUUUUCCUCAGGACCAGAGGAGAAGGAAGGAAAGAAGAAGACAUAGAAAGAAGGCUUGAAGAGACACACACGCAUACACAAACAUAAACAUAUACUUACACACAGAGAUACUAACAUAAAACACAUGCAUAAACACACAGACACACGCACAUACAGAUACAAACAUUAAACACAUACAUAAACACACACAUACAGAUACAAACAUUAAACACAUACAUAAACACGCACACAUACAGAUACAAACAUUAAACACAUACAUAAACAUACACAUACAGAUACAAACAUUAAACACAUAAACAUACACAUACAGAUACAAACAUUAAACACAUAAACAUACACACACAUAGAUACAAACAUUAAACACAUAAACACACAGACACACAUACAGAUACAAACAUAAAUACAUACACACAUACACAAACAUAAAACGCACACAUAAGCACAUACUUUCACACGGAUAUACAUUUACAUGCAGAUACAAACAUAAAGCACAUACUUUCACGCAGAUACACACAUCUAUACAGAUACAUAAACACAUACCUACACUGAGAUACACACAAACACUUGCAGGUGCAAACAUAAAACACAUACGCAAACUUAUUCCACGCAGAUACAAACAUAAGCAUACAUACACAAACAUACAUACAUAUAUACACACACAGGGCCCGGUGUGGCUGUGACUUUUCUUGCACUUUUCUCCAGGACAAGAGGGGAGGAAGAACGGAAGGAGUGGAGAUCUGAAGAAGGACAGAAGCAGGCCAACAGAUUCCACAUUCUUGUGUGCCAACCCCAGGCCUAGAGGAGAAGAAAGAAAGAGACUGGAUAUAGAGAAAACCCGCACAUACUCCCAUAGAAAGUGUGGCUGUGAUUUCUCUUCACACCCCAAAGACAGGACAAGAGGAAGGAGUGUUGUGCCAUCACAAUCCACCUUGGAAUCCAAUUCUGGGCCUUUAUUUUGCUGUUGCUUCUACUACUCAGCCUGGAGAUGAAAGAGAGAGACGGGAUAUCAAGGCAGAUGGAGGCUUGAGAAGGCCAGAGGCCUCUUUUUUUCUUUGCCCCAAUUGUCAUCCAGGACAAGAGGAGGGAGCAAGGGCAAUUCAAUCUUAACUCUGAGGUUUUGCUUAGCUAUUGCCACUAUUUUCCCCUUUUCUACGUUGGGACAAAAGGAGGGGAGGCCUUGCUGUUUUUCAUGUGUUUUUUGUAGAUAGAAGAGAUUUCUGUAUGGGAAGGGGCUGCUUUCCUAUUGACAGUUUGAAGAAUCAUUGCUAAAGAAGAUACAAUCCUACCCUCAGCAUAUUUUCUUGACAGUCCCAUAUAGAAGCAGUAGUGUCUAUUUCCUUCUAGCCUGUUAAGACAGAAUAGUAAUAUAAAUCCUUAAAAGGGAGGGGGAAUCAGUCUUUGGGGAGCAAAACAUUGGAAGCUGUUUUGCUGAGUAGCUUUCCCUGCUCCUGUAAAAAGGGGUGAUUAAGUUGAGGACUUUGAUGGAGAAUUAACCAUUUGAACAAUUAAUUCCAUGGGGUAGUCAGGGUGGGAGGAGGCCUGCAGCCCCCUCCCCAGGAUUCCUUCCCUCCCAUGGAUGAGAAUUGUUAUUCUGUUUCCCUUCUAUCUGGUUGGGAUGUUCUCAUGACCUGAGAAAAGUUCUGGACCUGAAAUGACAAUACAAGGGUUGGAAAUAGUUUGGAGCAGAUGGAGUCUGACAAAGUUGCUAUCUUGGCCAAGCUGCCUCUUAAACUGAGAUGUGUGUUCCUUCUGAACUGAGGAAACAGCAGGAUUUUCAGAGCUUCGAAUCAUGACUCUGGAGAUAUUCUCCCUCUCUUCGGUUUGGAUUUGGGCCAGAAAGGGUUUCUUGUGUUUUCUCCUGCUCUGAUAUGGAUUUUUUUGGACAAUUGUGAAGUACAGUAUUACUAAACAAAAAAACGACUUGGCUUGUUCUGUGCUUUGAAAUAAAGCUGGAUCCUGAACUUGGUUGUGUGUGUGGAAAAGUGACAGUAACCUACUUGAAAUAUCAAGUACAAUGCAGAUUGGCUAAAAACUCGUCUCCUUGCCAAGGGCUCCAAUGAGUGGCUCACAGUCCGCAAUCACGGACAGGUUUCCUCUCAGAAGACCUACAAGGCACGGCAGCAUUCUGAGCAGAGAGUCUCCAGCAGAUAAGAAGCAGAAGGUUGAGCGCUGCAUCAGUGCCCACGACUUUGACCCUACAGACAGCUCCUCCAGGAAGACAAAGUGUAGCUCGGACGAGAGUAGAUCCGAGACGUAUGGUCUUGUUCAGCGUUGUGUUAUUAUACAGCGGGAUGAAAAUGGAUUUGGGUUGACAGUCAGUGGAGACAAUCCAGUCUUUGUGCAGUCUGUCAAAGAAGAUGGCGCAGCCAUGCGGGCUGGAGUUCAAACUGGCGACCGAAUCAUUAAGGUGAAUGGGACCCUAGUAACGCACUCAAACCACCUGGAAGUGGUGAAACUAAUAAAGUCGGGGUCCUAUGUAGCCCUCACUGUGCAAGGGCGCCCACCUGGGUCGCCCCAGAUACCUCUGGCUGAUUCUGAGUUGGAUCCAGCAGCGUUUGGUCAUAUGUCUCCCAUCAUGACAUCUCCUCAUUCACCGGGAGCAUCGGGAAACACAGAGAGGAUCACAAGUCCAGUACUGAUGGGGGAAGAAAAUAAUAUUGUUCACAGCCAGAAAGUGGAGAUUUUGCGGAAGAUGUUGCAGAAAGAACAGGAGCGGUUGCAGUCUUUGCAAGAAGAUUACAGCCGCUCCCCUGCCUCCCAACUGCUGAAAGAGAUCCAGGAGGCCAAGAAGCACAUCCCUCAGCUGCAGGAACAGUUGUCCAAGGCAACAGGAUCCAUCCAGGAUGGGGUUUUGUCUUCGAAGUCUGUGAUGGAGUCUUUGCAAAUCAGCGAGAUAGAAGCGGAAAGAGGGGAUGGGCUGAAUAGAGGAGAUGGCAGUUUUGGUGACAGCUCCCAUAUGAAUAGUGAUACGGCUGAGAGUCCCCGGAGUGGCCUGAGAGAACGAAUGUCUCUCGAAGAGAGCCCAGAAAAGAGUGAGACUCAAGAUACCGACUCACAAUCUAGUAUUGGAAGCCCCUCGUCUCGCAUGGCACCCCCAAUCAUCGGAGCAGAGGAUGAUGACUUUGAUGGUGAACAAGAACAGAUCAAUGGACAGUGCAGCUGCUUCCAAAACAUAGAGUUGCUGAAAUCUCGCCCUGCUCACCUGGCUGUCUUUCUUCAUCACGUCGUGUCCCAGUUUGACCCAGCUUCUUUGCUUUGCUAUCUUUUUGCUGACCUCUACAAACAAACCAACUCCAAAGAGACUCGUCGUGUCUUUGCUGAGUUCAAUCAAUUUUUCUUGGAUAAAUCUGCGAAUCUGAAGGUUCCAAUCCCAGAUGAAAUUUCUGUAGAUUUAGAAAAAAGACGGCUAGAUUUGAUUCCCGAAGAACUGCACCGCCACUAUAUCCACACAAUGCAAGAGAAAGUCCUUCCUGAAGUUCACAGGCAUCUUGAAGAUUUUAGACAGAAACGCAGCAUGGGGUUGACCUUGGCGGAAGGGGAGCUGACCAGGUUAGAUGCUGAGCGCAUCCGUGACAGGACUACGCAGGAGAAGGAGAGAGUCUGCGCAGAGCAGAUCAUUAGCAAAAUUGAGGAAGUGCUGAUGACCUCUCAGCCCAUAGAAGAAGAAAAGAGUUCAAGCAUACAGUAUGUCGUCCUCACCUACAUGAAGCACCUUGGUGUGAGAGUCAAAGAACCGCGGAGUCUGGAUCAGAAACGGGGGCGGAUCGGAUUCCUGCCAAAGAUCAAGCAAAGUAUAAAGAAAGAGAAGGAAGGGGACGAAAAGAAGAGGAGAGUCUUCCCCAAUAUCCUGGGACCCCCAAGAAGACCAAGCCGCCAUGACAGUUAUGCAAUAGGCAGAGCCAUGGAAAUACAGAAGCAGCGUCAUCCGAAGCACUUAUCCUCCUCUUCCUCCAUCAGUCUGGAGCCACCAGAGUCUGCCAGGAUGCGCCAAAGCAGCUCCAUUGAGAGCACAGAUGCAGCCCACCCUCCUGCCAACCUGGUGUCCCCUCUGGCAGCCGGUUCCUCUCCUUCUCAGGAAGGGAGCAAAGAUAGCGAAGCAGGUUCUAAACAAGUUGGAGAAACUCCUCCUUCAGGCGACUCUGUGGACGGUACGCCUCGCACAACCAACACCAUCUUUGAUUUCCCAUCUCCUCCAUUGGACCAUUUGCUGGAAGAGGAAGGCGACUUUGACAGGUUAGCAGAAUCAGGAACACCAAAAUCCUUCCGCAAGAUGGACAGUGUGGGCGCAGGCGAUAUCCAGAGCGAAGACGAGCUGUUUGAGUUUGACAUGGAGACGGAUCCACCCAACUGGCAGCAGCUCGUGAGCCGCGAGGUGUUACUUGGCCUGAAGCCAUCUGAGAUUAAACGCCAGGAAGUGAUUAACGAAUUAUUUUACACUGAGCGCGCUCAUGUCCGUACACUGAAGGUUCUGGACCAGGUCUUCUAUCAGCGUGUGUCUCGCGAAGGGAUCUUGCCUCAUUCUGAAUUGCGGAAGAUAUUUUCAAACUUGGAGGAUAUCCUUCAACUCCAUGCUGGAUUGAAUGAGCAGAUGAAAGCGGUGAGGAAACGGAAUGAGACGUCUGUCAUUGAUCAAAUUGGAGAGGACUUGUUAACUUGGUUCAGCGGAGCAGGGGAAGAUAAACUGAAACAAGCCACUGCCACCUUCUGUAGUAACCAACCUUUUGCGUUAGAAGUGAUCAAGUCGCGGCAGAAGAAGGAUUCUCGCUUCCAAACUUUUGUCCAGGACGCUGAAAGCAACCCACUCUGUCGCCGACUGCAGCUGAAAGACAUAAUUCCUACCGAGAUGCAGAGGUUGACCAAAUAUCCCCUUCUGCUGGAUAAUAUUGCAAAGUACUCAGAACAACCUGGGGAGAAAGAGAAAGUGAAGAAAGCCGCAGAUCAUUGUCGACAGAUUCUCAACUUUGUGAAUCAAGCAGUCAAAGAAGCGGAAAACAAGCAGCAUUUAGAAGACUACCAGCGCCGGCUUGAUUUGUCCUAUCUGAAGCAGUUGGAAGGCCCUAUGCUAGAAGAAUUCAGGAAUUUAGAUUUAACCAGAAAGAAGAUGAUUCAUGAAGGGCCCCUGACCUGGAAGGUGAAUCGUGACAAGACCAUUGAUCUCUACACGCUGCUCUUGGAGGACAUUCUGGUGCUGCUGCAAAAGCAAGACGAUCGACUGGUGCUGAGGUGCCACAGCAAGAUCCUGGCCAAUGCCGCAGACAGCAAGCAUACAUUCAGCCCAGUCAUCAAACUCAACACGGUGCUGGUGCGCCAAGUGGCCACAGAUAACAAAGCAUUCUUCGUCAUCUCUAUGUCAGAAAAUGGAGCCCAUAUUUAUGAACUGGUGGCGCAAACAGUCUCAGAAAAGACUGUGUGGCAGGAGCUCAUUGCACGGAUGGCAGGAACAGUGAAAGUGGGCAGACGAGUGAUUCCAUUACAUCCGCCAGGACCCUGCGAGGAAGACCAUGAGGAAGAAGAUCAGAAACUGAAAGAAGAACAGACCACUCCCGAGAGCAGUAUGCAGAGCCCAGAUAAAGAUCUGGAACUGGAGUCUCCCUCAGCCACCGCAUCGGAAAAGGCAGAAGCAGAAGAGCUCCUGGAGGCCGACAGGCGGUUUAGAGAAAAAGCACCAGGGGAUCUGCUGAUCAAAGAGUCCUCGGACAGCUUCACCCACACAGGCCCAGAGCUCUUGUUCCAAAUCUCCGAAGACCGGUGGGCUUUGGACGCACUACGGAAUUUGGGCUUGUUGAAGAAGUUGCUGAUGCAGCAGCUAGGCAUGACUGAACAGGAGUCCCCUGAAGACCGGCAGCGUUUUUCCAGACAUAGGGCAGUUUCUCAGGGGGUCCAGGUGGAGAAAAGCGUCCUCAGAGGACAGCAGCACUCAGAGAAAGACAGGGCAUCCUUACCUGGGGUUAGUAGGAUGCCCUCCGGCAUGGGAACAAGUAGUUUUGAACCUUGCUCUGGUCACCGGACUUCGGGUGAGUUUGUUCAAGUAGGGGACACCACACCGAAUAGCAGUCAGUUAACGGACCCCUUGAGCACGAACCCAGAGACUCCCAUUGCUGAGCUGGAAGGGGUCACUGCAGAGGAUGGCGGAGAGCAUUUCUUUGAUGCCCGUGAAGCCCACAGUGACGAGAACCAGUCAGAAGGUGAAGUGACAGAAAGGAAGGACGUGGAAGAGGUGCAGCUGCGGAUCUCAGGAAAUUUUUUGAUCCUUGAUGAUUAUGGUGCAGCCCAGGAGAGCUCCACCGACGAGGAGGUGGCAUCGUUGGUCCUCCGGUGCACUGCUGGCAAGAGCGCCAUGGACUCUGCCCCCCAAGCGCCAGCAUCUCCGCAGGAGGCCCAGCAGCCAGACCCAGGAGCCAGCUCACCCUUUGCUGCCAGGGAAGUGGAGCCCUCCCAUUGGGAAGCCACUAAGGAACCCUCCUCCUCAGAAGUAUUAAGGCCUCCCUUCUCUCCAGAGUCACGCUCCCUGAUCAUGCAUUACAUCCAGAAAAUCGAGGCCAACCUGGAACACUUAAAGGAGGUCGAGGAGAACUAUGCGACUCUUCAGCAAAGGCUGGCUGGAUCAGUCCCCACGGAUGAGCACUCAGAUAAAAGUUAGUCACUCUUCCUGCAAGUGGCUGAAGGUUGGAUGGAAGCAUCCUUGCUCGGUGCCUGCGGGUGUCUGCCUGGACUUUGGGUCACGUGCAAGAGGCCUCUCUUUCCAUAGACCAUCCAAGCACAAAGUGGAGGGAUGGGCAUUUUCCUUUGGGGCCUCUGCGCCAGCCUGUUGGAGAGCGGCGUUGGUCUUGUUCUUCUCCUCUUUCUACAUGAAAUUCUUUUUUUUUGAAACGAGAGGAAAUAAGGAACAGAGAAAAAAAACACAAAGAAACCAAAUGUAUAAAGCUUUGGGUGUAGGAUAUACAAAUGUAUUUAGACAUAAAAAAAAUAUCAAUGUAUUUAUUUGACUUCAUUCCGUGUACUGAAAGCACACUUUAAUUUGUAAUAUUUUUUUUUUGCUUUAAGAAAAGAAAAUGGAUAGUGCCAGUUUGUAGGCCUCCCUCCCACCAUUCCUCUGUUCUCGAAUCCAAGACGGAGGAAUGCGUGCGUGCGAGUGUAAACGUGUCUUGGUUUUUCACUGGACUGGAUCCCACAGCAACCAGUUCACUCAAAAAGAGUUUCCCAUGUAAGAUUCAGGAAAUAUAGGCAGGCCUUGCCCACGUGUAAUGACACAAUCAGGCACUUGGAAGCUGGCAGUCUAGUCUCCCUUUGGGCUCUCCUUCAGUGAGAUGCGGACAUUAGAGGAGGAAUGGAAAGGGAUUGGAGUUCUGGUUCUGCCCGAUACUCUCAGCUCUGGCUUGUCAUGGUCUCUCCCAGAAGGCAGUCCCUUGGCAUUUCUGUCUUUUGAGGUGGUGAGGACCUUUUACAGGACAGGGCAAGUCUCUCUGGAUCACAGUGCUGAAUCCCUUGUAUUGUAAAGCAGUUGUAGCUGCCACUGGUGGUAGUAGCCGCAUGCUGCUUCUGCAUAUGAAGCUAGGGCUCUUCGCUACCAUUGUUGAUCAUUGUGUGGGGAAAGGGAACAUGGUUUGGUUUGGGGAGUAAUGUCGUUUUGCAUUGUUUGUGCCAAAGUGCUCUGAAAUCACACUGGUUGAGGGGGAGAGGAAAAAAAACAUAACCAGAAUAGCUAGACGAUGCUGUGUAUGUAUUUUUUUUUAUAACCAAGUCUUUGCAUCUUGAUGUUUUUAAAGCCAAACUGUCUUUCAGAAUGCAGUCGUAAGCCUCAGGAGCACAGCUGGAAAAUACAGGAUAGUGCAUUCUGGUUAACCAGUGUUGAGACUGGGCCAGAUGGUACUGGUAUGAGAGACAAUUUGGGAUACGGCUUCUGCCUUGGAAGCUUUCACUGCAAGGGGCUGUUACAGGCUGAUGAUGGCUGUUUUCCUGCACCAAGUACCCGCCUGGGCCUUUUGUUUUGCUUCUAAAAGUGCCAAAUUCUAGAAGCCUCCCCCCUUAAUAAUAUCAUGCCCCUUCUCACUGUAUUACACUAUAUGCACUACAGAGUGUGGAGCAUCCUUCCUUUUCCUCCUCCUUCCUGCGUGAAGGUCAUACUGCCUGCUCCAUUAACACAUAAACACAUUUUCCCUGUAGCUAUAAUGGUCACGAAUCAGAACGACCGUUUCCCAGCCAUGCGAAGCACAAAACCUCUCCUUUCCUUCACAGGAGGAGAAAGAGUAUUGAAAUGGACCAGCUGAAAUGGGUGAUUUGUAUUCCCGUCCCUGCCCCCAGAUCGUUCAGAUCCAUCAUAAACUGAUGCAUAGUGAGAUGGAAAGAAAAUUUUGUUUUUCCAGUUCCCAGUUAUAUGACUCAGGAUCAGGGGAAGGUUGCUCUUUGAGGCCAAAUGCUCUCCUUUUGUACGUACGUAGGGGGGAUUUCCGUUACCAGUGCCAACCUAAACACCACAACGAUCUGCUAGUUUUCAUUUCUAAAAUGUCUUCAAUACCUGAGAUUCUAAUAUUUUUGCUUUUCUGGAGCAUUAUUUUGCCAUUGCUUGUUCUUACAAGACUGUGCCUGACCUGACAAAAUGAAUUCGAACUUCUAACUUCUUUUCCUAACGUUGGAUGGCAUUUUUUGUAGAUUCGUAACUGUGCUGACAUUGAGCUCAUAAUAUUUUUCACCCUUUUCUUCUCUUGCCAUACAAAACCCAGGGCAUGUAUGCCUGGACCUAUCAGGAAACCUCUUAGAUCUCUCCUUAGCACCAAUAGCUUUCAAACAAUCAGGAGACAAUCCAUUGCAGAUAAUAAUUAUCAAUCCCUUUGCUGCUUUGUUCGUGCUAGAGUUCCAUAAAUCUCUUACUGCUCUAUUCCUCAGAUUAUAAAUUUCAUCAUGUCCUGGGAAUGGAAAUGUUCUUCAGCAGCUUUAAGAGAUGUCCAGAAACCAGGCUGCCAGAUUCUUUCGAGACUCAACCUUGACAAAAAGUAGCAAAACAAUAGAAGUCUUUCUUAUUCCUCUGUAGUCAAGAUAGAUGCUUUUCCCUCUCCAGAAACGUAAACAGAGUGUUGUGCUCUUGUCUUGUUCUGGGGAAGAGUUGUGUGUGUUUUCCAAGCUUGUCUACGCCGUACAAUAUGCAAUCUCCCAUUAAGGGCAUUAUUCUAAGAAAAAUAAGAUGGUGAAAAAUGAGGGCCAUCGAUGGCUCCCAACACCAUAAAACCUAAAAUCACUGGGGAUCUCUCUCUAACUCCCUAGCGCGUCUACUGUACAACAGGCCCCAGGCACAGGUCCUUUUGUGUGAAGAGGAUCCAUACUAAAAUGCACUUUGUGGGGUUCCCAUUGGUUUUGGGUGUUUUUAUUAUAACGGUGAUUAUGAUUUUAAUGUACUAAAAUAGCCAUGAGGAAUUCCAGCCAAAGAAACCCUUCCUGUCCUGCAUUGCUGGCUGUGAACAUUCCCGUCUUUGGACUGGACAGUAGGAUGGAACAGUCUUUUAUUUUCCACCCUCCACAAAAAAUAGUAGUCAAAGACUUAAUUAACAGGAGAAUAAUACGAUGUCUCUGCUACACUACUGCUUUAGAAAAUCAUGGCUUGUUUUUACCCUGGAUUUAAGGAAUCUGUUGAUUAGGGUUUGCAUUCCUAGAACUAGGCCUGGAUCCAGAUGGCAUCUUCCUAAGCAGCUUGUUUGUAUAAUAAUUUGGGUUGGAUGCGUUGGUAGAACCCUGAGAGCAGAAGAGCAAACUGUCUUCCCAUUUGUAUGUUUCCUUUUUUGCCUCACGGCUGUCUUGGGACCACGAGCAAAACCAAAAAGAAAACCACCCAAAAAAUCAUGGAGUAUCGUGACUGGAGAAUUGUGAGGGGUUACAAUUCAGCCGUCCUGGAGGGUUGAACAAAUGUGCUCUUCUUUUGAACAGGGCUCCAUUUUAUUUUCACAGUGUCAACAUGAGGCUAAUGCAAAAUUCUUUAUUUGCAGCAGUGUUUAUCAUCUGCAUUUCUGCACUGUGCCUCUCAUUGGCUCAAAUUCCUGAUUGAGAUCUUCCCUCUAAUUUAAGCCAGUCCUUAGCAUCUACAUCUUAGAACCUGGAAAACUUAAGUACCAGAAGGAGUCAUAUUUUUGAAUGUUGGAUUAGUUUUGUCCUUACAGAGAGGGACACACUCAAAGCUUGGUUCCCAUCCCAUCUUGUAGCUCACUUGCAUCUUCCCAUCUCAGGACUCUUACUGCCUCAUUAUACAGCAUGUAUAGAUCAGACCUUAGAAAAGAAGAAUGGGAGAGAAUAGGACUUUGAUGUUCCGUACAGGGGGUUUUAUAUUACAAUCCUAGGCCAGUCGCCUUUUUAUUAUUAUUAUGCCACUCAUUGCUAGCCUUCCUUCUACAAUUUGCCAUUUGGAUCUAGCAAAGAAUAGGGCUUGAUGAUGGGGUUGGGCUGGAGGGUCCUGUGCUGCUUGUGGAUGUUGGGUGCUCUUGGUGUGCCGCGCUCUUGAAAAGGCUUUUAAGGAGCCUUUGUGAAAAGAAAGUCUCCCUCGAUUCCAAUCAGCAAAGCUUGAAAAGAGCUGCAUGAGUUCAGAGGUGCCAAGUGUUGUUUUCCAGGGUAAGUGUUCCAACAUCUUAGCUAAUUCUUCCUUUUUCAAUAGAAGUUGUUCUGUGCUUUUCUUGUGCUCCCCGCCCCCAUCCCUCCCCAGUUUUGAAAUCUCAGUGCGGCUUAUAUUUCAUGGAUCUGUUUGAUUCCUCUGUUUCAUUCCAAAGAGACCUUUUUAUUCCCCUUCAGCCCCUCUUUGACCCAUCCUCUAAUAAGCAGAUUUUCUCCAAAAGGGAUGCUGCAGCCGGAACACUAUUUCUCUCUCCUUUAAAAUUACAUUGUUUGACAUUCUCUCUAACUACUAGAAUUGUAUUUUAUUUGUUCACCAUGCAAUCAUUUACUCCUUUUUUUAAACAGAUGUUAGUUUAAAGAAAAACAAACAAACAAAAAACGAAAGCAGCCCAAUCCGGACAAUAUUCUUCAAAAAGCAAAAAAAAAAGAGUCCUCUUAUUAAUUACCCUGUAUUUUUAACUGAUCUGUUUGAAUGUCUAAGGAAGAAGAAGAAAAAGAAUUUAUUGUUAUAAUUAUCCAGAUGUAUGUAUGUUUGUAAAAUAGCUCUUAUUAAUUAGCUGAUAAGGUUGUAUGUUUUUGGAACAAAAUAUUGGUCAUUAAAACAAAUCUGAAUUUU